AUGGUGAUAAAGGCGGCUGCUGUUUAUAAAAACAGGAAAGCAGUUUGUUUCCAAACGUAUGAUGGGCCUCCUGCAUUUUGCACCUAUGAGGAGAUGAUGCAGCUAGCUGAAGAGCUUACUUGUUUCCUUAAAUCUCUGCUGAAUGGUUUGCAGAAUUGUGUGAUUGGGCUCUUCUGCCAACCAGGUAUACACUUGCUAUCAUGGAUAUUAGGAAUUCUCCAGGUUCCUGCUGCCUAUUGUCCGGUAGAUCCUGGUGCCCCAUCUAAUUUCACAUCUUCACUCGCAGAUCUCUGUGAAAUUCGCUACAUGUUGGUGGAAAACAACAAAACUGAAUUCUUCAGGCAACUCUUCCCAAGCUGGAUUGAAAGGGACUCCUCCAGGGUUCAGCAUCUUGACAUCACAGUUUUCGAGGCUCUCCGAACUGAGAAAGUAAACGAUAAAGAUGCAAAAAUGAAAAAUGAUCAGACUUCCGGCCCCACUAUGAGACCACUGUGUGAUGAGUACUUGGACAGAAACAGAUGUUGCCUGGCAUAUAUUUUGCACACAUCAGGGACCACAGGCAAACCCAAAAUAGUCAGUGUACCUCACUGCUGCAUUGUACCAAACAUUCGCCAUAUUGGAUCCAUCUUCGGUAUGUCGCCAAAUGACCUUGUGUUCCUUGCCUCACCUCUGACCUUUGACCCAUCUGUUAUUGAAAUGUUUCUUGCUUUGUCCUCUGGAGCUUGUCUACUAAUUGUACCAGAACAUCUUAAAAUGAUGCCCAGAAAGCUGGUUCAUGUAUUGUUCCAACAACAUAGAGUGACUGUGCUCCAGGUAACACCAACACUAUUGAGAAGUUUAAGUUGUGGCUCCAUUCAGUCCUCAGUGCUGUCCAGAGAAACAUCCCUUAGAGUGUUAGCUCUUGGAGGGGAGCAGUUCCCACCUGUCAGUGUGCUAAGACGUUGGAUGGAGCCUGGCAAUAGGACGCGUCUCUUCAAUCUUUAUGGCAUAACAGAAGUGUCCAGCUGGGCCACUUUCUAUGAGAUUCCAGAAUCUCUUGUUGGUUCUCAUGCAGGAAGUGAUCCACCCGUACCUUUGGGCAGGCCACUGUGUGGAACAAUAGUAGAAGUCCGAAAUGAAGAUAACAACCGUAUUGAAGAAGGGGAAGGUCAAGUUUUCCUAGGAGGGAGACACAGGGUCUGCUUUUUAGAUGAUGAAUUUAUUCUGCCAUGUGGGACCAUGAGAAGUACUGGGGACUGGGUGAGGUUACAAGGUGGGAACAUGUACUACGUGGGACGCAGAGACAACCAGUUCAAGCGCCAUGGCAAGAGGCUCAGUGCUGAAUAUAUACAGCAGGUAGUAGAAGAACUUGAAGCAGUGGAGGCAUGUGCAGUCAUGUGGUCUAAAGCUAAACAGCUUGUACUCUUUGUUGUACAAAGAGGGUCUGUAGACAAGAAAGUACUAUGGGGAGCAGUGGAGUCCAAUCUUCUUAGCUAUGCAGUACCGGAUGACCUCAUUGUGAUAGACACACUACCUUUUACAAGACAUGGUAAAUUGGACUAUUCAAGUUUAAGUCUAUUGUAUGAUGAUCACUUGAGGGAAAAAAAGAGUAAACCCAAUUCCCAAACAAGACAUGAUUUCUGGAAGAGCUUGCAGACCUUGUGGAAGGCCAGUCUGGGACUUCCUGAAGAUGUUCCAGAUGUUGCCGAGGACUCUGUGUUUCUGCUCAGUGGUGGAGACUCUUUAAAGGCAAUUAGAUUUCAUGAAGAUGUGGAAGCUCUGCUUGGUAAACCUGUGCCAGGACUUCUAGAAGUGAUACUCAGUAAUACUAUUGUGGCUGUUUGCAGACAUGUCAUUAGAUCUGUGUGUCCAGAAAAAGAUGAGGAUAAAACCAAAGUACAUCCAACAGAGGUAGAGAGCAAUCAUGUUGUUGUGGACAUGAGCACCAAGUACCACAGUAAACGAAAAGCAGUUUUUCUCAGCAGGUCACCAGCAGGCUCGAGUCCUCUCCUAUCUCUGAGCAGAGGUAGCCAGUGCUUUAAACACAUAUGUUCAUACACUGAAUCAACUGGACUGCAGUGCCAGGUAAUCCCUGGAUCCAUUCAAGACCUAGCUUUCUCCGAGUUCUCCAGUCCAGGCAUUAAACUGCCAAAGGUCUCCCCAUCUAGUACCCUGACAUUGUCUCUGAGGAAAAGAUGGUCAUCUGAUACAAGUAAAUGUGUUGAUGCAUCUCCUCUCAUCGUCUUGUUAUCCAGUGAAGACUCAACAGCGACUGUAUAUGUUGGGUCCCAUUCACACCGAAUGCAAGCUCUAGAUCUGCACACUGGGACAGUCGUAUGGGAAAGAAUAUUGGGAGAACGUAUUGAAUCCUCUGCUGCACUAUCUGCAUGUGGAAACUAUAUUAUUGUUGGUUGUUAUGAUGGAGGUAUUUAUGUACUGAGGAGAAGUAAUGGGGCAACACUCUGGGUUUUCAGCACUGGGGAUGCUGUGAAGAGUUCUCCUGCCAUUGAUCCCAAAAGUGGUCUGGUAUACGUUGGGUCACAUGACCAGCAUUUAUAUGCUCUAGACAUUGAAGGAAAGCAGUGUGUCUGGAAGUCUCCCCGUCUGGUUUCUGCUGUGUUUUCUUCUCCUUGUAUAAACACGGACCCCCAUCAUUUGUAUGUUGCCACCUUGGGAGGUCUGGUGCUGGCUGUUGAUCCAAGCACAGGAAAGCAUCUGUGGAAGACUGACAUUGGCAAACCUGUGUUUUCUUCACUGCAUUGCAGCGACAAGCAUGUGUUCAUUGGCUGUGUGGAUGCAAUUUUAUAUUGUCUCAGCCACUGUGGAGAAAAGCUGUGGCAGUUUUCCACGGAGGGGCCUAUUUUUUCUUCACCGUGUGUCUCUGCUGUAUCCAAGCAUGUCAUGUUUGGCUCACAUGAUGGCUUCAUCUAUUGCUGCAGCACUGAGGGAGAAUUACUCUGGAAAUAUAAAGCCAACUCACGAGUAUAUGCAACACCAUUUGUGUUUCCCAACCCACACACUGAGAACACAGAGCUGCUGGCAGCUGCUUCUACAGAUGGAAGCUUGUGGAUACUGGAUGCUCACUCUGGACUUCUGAUCACUCGGUAUAUACUAGAGGGGGAAAUAUUCUCUUCUCCGGUGGUGUGCCUGAACCAGUUGGUCGUAGGCUGCAGGAACAACUAUGUGCAUUGCUUUGAUCUGAUAAGUAGUAUGAAACAAAUUGGAGACACAGAAUCAUUAGCCAUGACUGGUAGCAGUGUUACGUAA